GGGAUGAAACCGUUCCCUACAAUUUCUAAACCGUUUUCCCCAUUCCCUUUUAACUACCCUUUUUCCAUUUUUUAACAUCCACACUUUCAGAAAACUUUCACCAAGAGAAAUCAUAAAUUCAACAAUGUCAAAUCCUCUGCUUCUCUUAAUCGUUCCAAUUCUCUUUUCCCUAACAGGUGCAGUUCAACUGAUGAUAGUGAACAACUGCAACACCACCAUAUGGCCCGGAAUACUUGCAGUUUCAGGCCAAAAAACACCUCUAGGAGGCGGUUUCCGCUUGCGAUCCGGCCAACGACAACUCCUCCAAGUAUCCCAAUAUUGGUCAGGCAGAAUAUGGGCAAGGCAAGGUUGUACAUUUGAUCAGAACACAAGCAUCAGUACCUGCCAAACAGGCGACUGCAACGGUCUGCUCCACUGCCAAGGAACAGGCGGCACACCGCCUGCUACCUUGGUCGAACUGACCUUCGGUACCUCCCUAUCUCCUACUCAUUUUUACGAUGUCAGCCUUGUCGAUGGGUUCAACCUCCCUGUCUCGGUGAUCCCAUUAGUCGGUAAGGGGAAACGAGAACAAUGUGGGGUGGCGGCGUGUGAGGCGGACUUGAAUGUUUGGUGUCCUUCAGGGUUAGCUGUUAGAGCUCAAAAGAUGGUUGUAGGGUGUAAGAGUCCUUGUUUGGCAAGUGGGUCUCCGAGGGAUUGCUGCACCGGGGAGUUUUCGUGGGCGGAAAAGUGCCUGCCGACGGUGGUUGGAAGGUUGUUUAAGAUGGUUUGUCCAAGGGCUUAUAGUCAUCCCUUUGAUGAGAAAACAGGGCUUAAAACUUGCAAGGCUUCUAGAUAUGUAGUUUCUUUUUGUCCUUCUAAUUGAACACUUAUGGGAUACUUUGAAAUUUUAUGUUGCUUUUUAGUGUCUUAGACUUGGAUUAGAUAUCACUUUAUUUUUUUU